AAUCUUCCCUCUGCUCCAAAUCUUCCAGCUCCAACCUCGAUUUCCCACAGGUAGCAGCGGACUGCGGCGACGGGUUUCCCCUUUGAUUUUCUGAGUUCGACUUCUUUAUCAAGGCGAGUCGUGUUCAUAUGUCUAUAGAAGUUUGAUUUCAAUGGAAGCCAAAGAACCAAUAGUAGAAUUUGUGACCCCAAAACGAAGUAGGCUUCGCAGGAGACCUUAUGACGAUUUCGACUCCGCCCUCAGUUUAUCUGCAAAGGUCAGGAGAAUCAAUGGUGUGAUACUGGCGAAGGCGAAGCCGUCCUAUUGCCUGAAGCGUGGUAUAGGGAGCUUACAACGAGACUUCACCAGUCUACGCUCUGUACACAGGAAGAAAUUGCGGCAACUACUGCUGAUGUUGCUACGGAGGCAUAACUGGACCGAGGCAAGUGGAGUCUUGAGUUUGCUUCAUAGAGGGACUUCCAAAGAAUGUGCUAUUACAAAGACUCAAGCUAAGUUCUCGGCUACCUUGGAGAUUCUCAAGCAUUUAAAAGGUGACACUAUCAGCUCAAGAAGGAUUCAGAAUAUCUAUGGGAUGUGGAUGUCAAAGCUUGGACCUAUGAUAAAAUGGCCUAUGAAGAACAAGUUUGCUAUUCAAUUGGAACACACACUUUUCUGUUUGACAAGCAAGGAGAUGGAUGGGGCACAUCAGGCUUCUUUAAGUCUAAUGCAGGAACGAGGUUUUGAGGGAGACCCAGUUUCUAAUUUAGUUGUUGGGCUGACAUUUUAUGAGCUAUGGUACUCUAACCUUCCACAAGAGAUGCACUUGGGUGAGCAGAGGGAAAUUGAAUGCAACACACAACCAGACAGAUCUCAAGUCAAUGAGGUCAUGUCCAUUGUGGAUUCAAGGAGUCAAGGUGCAUAUGAAGGUCAAGAAAUCAAUUCAUUAACAAAACAUGAAUCCAACACAUCUAUUCAAAACGGUAAAGAAAAAAUUGAAGCCGGUGUAGAUCCAUUUGGGAAAGAUCUCAUGGAUGUUGAAAAUAAGCCUCAACGAGAUGCCGGUAACCAGGAACUGAUUGUCUCUUUGCACUCAGAUGAGAGGAGUGAACUUGAGAAGUCAAAUAACAGUUCCCCACCAUCACUCUCUACUUUCUACACUCAUGGUUUGUCGACGCUGUUGUUGCCUGUACAAUUUCCUCAGUUGGACAACUUAGAGGAAUUAUAUGAUAUGCAUAGGCAAUUGCGCAGCGAUCAAUAUAACAGUGCAGUGAAGUUUUUGAGUUGCGCACUCUCCUCAACACCACCAGUACUCGAGGCUUUUCAUCCUCUGAUACAGUUGCUGCUUCUUGGAGAUAAAGUUAAAGAAGCCCUUGCCAUGGUUGAUAAAAUUUCUCCAGACUCUAGUACACCUCUCCAUUUGAGGUAAUAAUACCAAAUUUCCUUAUUUUUAUAAGCUAAUGACUUUUCUUCAUGAUUGCUGUCACCUGUCGCCCUGUCGGUAUUAUGCAAUAGCUGAGAGGAAAAUGUAGUGUAGCUAUAUAGGUGUACUAUGGUUGACAACAUAAGGUUGAGAAGGUUACUAGAGGAUUUCAAUUUUAUUCAUUUAGAACACUGGUUCAAAGUAAGGCGUGAUUCUAGCUUCCUGUCCAGCUCCCAGAUUUACACCUUUCAUUGCUUGUCACCCU